GGUAAAAUAACAUUAGUAGUAAAUAAAAACAAUUAUGGAAGUAAAAAAGAAUAAGGCUAUUGGCUUUUAAAAGAAAAAAUCCUUACCAAAUCUUGUACAUUUUAUGGAAUUAUCUGCAAAAAAACAACAAUUAUCGUACAGUUUUUCUUUUUAUGUUCAGUUGCACUCAGAAAGUAGGGAAAUGUAACAGUUUUUCUAGAUAAAUUUUAAAAAAUGUAGCUUAUUGGUUUUAUAAAUAACAAUUAGAACAAUAUUUGUAUCUGCCUGUUGCUUGACAGCCACAACAUUUUUUCAUUUCAGGUGAAAAAUAAUUAGCUAGUUUCGUUUUUUUAAAGAUAAUAAGAUCAAUAUGUGAUAAAUGUGUGCCUUUUAAAUCCAAGUCCACAAUUUAUUCAAGUGCUCAGUAGACUUAUAACUAAUCGCUUAACUGUACAGAAUACACCUUAUAAGAAUAAAUGUUUUUAAAGCAAACCAUUGAUGGAAGAUGCUCUCUUCACAAACAGCAGGAAGCUGUCCUGCUGCUUUGCUGGAAGGAGGAGCUUCGUCCUUGAAGGCGGGGCUAUGUCCGCCCAGGCCUUUUGCACAGCUGAAUGGUUGCUACUGGAAAUGAAAGGAUUUCUCAAACAUGCAUGAAGUAAUCAAGGCAACACCACAUGUAUGUUUUUCAAGAGAAAACACCAUUAUGACCUCGUGCAACAUUCAAAGUGGUCGAUUUUACAUAACAUUGCCCCUUUAAUGAUUCACAUAUUAUGCUGGAGCUAAUUGGAGAAGAAUAUCAACACCAGAGCAUCAUGUAUCCUAGGUAAUUCUCAGUGAUGACAGUGGAUAAUAUUACUUAAUCAAAAUGCUCACGAGUCACUUUCUCUCGGGUACAUUCAGUUUUUUCCCUCCCUCUCUUUUCUUUGUCCUCCUCGUUUCUCUCUUUUUCCACCAUUUGGUCGUUUUGACCCGAUGUUUAGCCAAGCAAAACAAAAGCUAAGCAGGGAGCCAUGGCAGCACACACACGUGAUCAGAUGCAUUAGAAAUAUUCUGCACACAUGGAAAUCAGGUUUGCGUUUUCUUCUUUUGAGCCAAUCAAUCAUUCGUGUGCGCGCAGCCAGCUCUCUGACAAAUAAGACAAAUACAUAAAAGUAACUGUAGUUUAAAUUGCUUGUUUGUGAAGCCGCUGGUGCAGCCGUGUGUGUGGGAGCCACAAAAACCUAAAGUGACAGGUAAACAGCAGAGGAGCGUCAGUCCGCUCUCAGACUGACACACGCACAGGAACGGAGGAACACAACCUGCCCUCACGACUCAGUCAGCACCGACCACCGACUCCUCUCUACGGCGUCCAGAGUGGACAAAUUCAGCCUUUAUUUAACGGGUUGAAGCAACUCCUGCCGAAGUGUCCAAAGAUAUUCCUUUCCGUCUCGAAGCUCCGAGGUUUCCUUCUUGCAGCCGUGCAGGAAUUAUCCGCGCUCCGCCGGACUUAUGAUCGACCAGCGAUUCACGACUUCUCCUCUCCGGCUGAGAAAGCUGCAGAUCGGGACUGUGGCGCUGUGCUGAUGGACCCGGGCUCCGGCAGCUCGGCGGUGCUCUUUGCAGAAGGCUCAAAUGUUUUGCUUCAACGCAGAGCUGACUGAGUGAUGGCGACAAAACUGCAUCAGGUCAAAGACUGGUCCUCUGCACGCUCCGAGGGGUGAUAGCAGAGCUGCUCUCUGCUGAAGGAAUACUUUCCCAGACUUGAUGCAUUCAAACCCUCGCAUGUUAACGAUGGAUCUGAAAGUGGAGCCGGAAGAACUGGACUCGAACCAGCCUCCACCCAUAGAAGUUUUUGCGCACAGCUCGACCCUGCACGGAAUCUCCCACAUCUUCACCUACGAGCGCUUCUGGAUCAAGCGGUUCCUGUGGCUCGUCUUCUUCCUGGCCUCGCUGACUUUCCUGCUCUACGUGUGCGUGGAUCGGAUCCACUUCUACCUCGAGUACCCGCACGUCACCAAGUUGGACGAGGUCUCGACCCCGGUCAUGACGUUCCCGGCGGUGACCUUCUGCAACCUGAACGCGUUCCGCUUCAGCCAGUUGACCCGCAACGACCUCUUCUACGUUGGGGAGCUGCUGGCCCUGCUCAACAACAGGUAUGAGAUCAGGGACAUACACCUGGUGGAGGAGAGCGUUCUGGAGAGCCUGAAGCUCAAAACCGACUUCCAGAACUUCAAGCCGAGACCUUUCAACAUGCGGGAAUUCUACGACCGCACCGGCCACAACCUCAACGACAUGCUGCUGUCCUGCCACUUCCACGGCACAGAGUGCAGACCGGAGCACUUCAAAGUGGUCUUCACUCGCUACGGGAAAUGCUACACCUUCAACGCCGGUGGAGAUGGGAAUCCCCCCCUCAUCACCACCAAAGGCGGCAUGGGAAACGGUCUGGAGCUCAUGCUGGACAUCCAACAGGAUGAAUACCUGCCAGUCUGGGGAGAAACAGAUGAGACUUCCUUUGAAGCUGGGAUCAAAGUUCAGAUCCACAGUCAGGAAGAGCCGUCCUUCAUCGACCAGCUUGGAUUUGGUGUUUCACCCGGAUUCCAGACGUUUGUGUCUUGCCAGGAACAGCGGCUCAUAUAUCUUCCUCCGCCCUGGGGAGACUGUAAGGUGACCCCCAUGGAUUCAGACUUCUUUGACACUUACAGCAUCACCGCCUGCCGCAUAGACUGUGAGACGCGCUACCUGGUGGACAAUUGCAACUGCCGCAUGGUGCACAUGCCUGGCGACGCUUCCUUCUGCACACCCCAGAUGUACAAAGAGUGUGCUGACCCAGCUCUUGAUUUCUUGGUGGAACAAGACAACGAUUUCUGUGUGUGCGAGACGCCCUGCAACAUGACCAGGUACAGCAAGGAGCUGUCCUUCGUCAAGAUCCCCAGCAAGGCCUCGGCCAAGUAUCUGGCAAAGAAAUACAACAAAACAGAGCAGUACAUUAAGGACAACAUUUUGGUUUUAGACAUCUUCUUUGAGGCUCUGAAUUAUGAAACUAUUGAACAGAAGAAAGCAUAUGAAGUGGCCGGACUUUUAGGUAUUUCUACGUUUUGUCAAACAUUGUGUACUCUCUUAUUUGUGGUCUUGGGUUCAGUAUUGUGGACGAUUUUCUUUCUUCUUACUCUAGGUGAUAUUGGUGGUCAGAUGGGACUCUUUAUUGGUGCGAGCAUACUGAGUAUUCUGGAGAUUUUUGACUACCUGUAUGAGGUGAUAAAAUACAAGCUGUGCAGCUGCUCCGAUAAGAAGCACAAGCACAGCAGCACCGACCAAGGAACGGUCCUGAGCUUGGACGACGUCAAGUGUCACGUCAGUAACUUUCAUUAAGCCUCUGCCGCCGUCUGGAGGAGGGAGCUUCUGCCUGGACUUUGCUACUGCGACAGUGUGAGGAUGAAUGAACUGGGCCUGGUUGGGCUUAACUCUCUGCGAACACGGUCAGGCAGCCAACAGAAGCAGACGGUCACGCAGGCAGUCAGCUGGCCUGCAGAAACCAGAGACCAACCUGGUCAGAUCAACUGCAUGGUCAUCUGAAACAUCCUUUAAAGACAGGAGCAGUGAAGCGGACAUCUGCUCCUUGAAGGUUCAUAAUGUGUGCUGUGCUGUGCUGUGUUUAUCUGUCAGCGUGAUUAGGCUUUAUGUAAAAUGAUUGUUCGUUUGCAAGAAUUUUCUCUGCUCUGCACUAGUCCUGUUGCCUUUAUUCUCCUGUUUUUCCACCUAAAAAAAAAAAUCAUUUUUAUAUUCCUGUCCUCCAUCCUCAUCUUAAGAGCCCUUGAUAAACUCAGUGCAUUCUGCCAAAACACUGUACUACCUCAGCUUCCAGUGCAAAAGCACCACUAUGAAUUUACAGACCAAGCUAAACUGACGAUCAGUAAAGUGAUUUUUAAUGAACUGGAAAACGGUGAAACAUAUGUGGCUAUAAAUCUGUUAGGAGGUGCAAGAUUUUAGUUAAGGCUCUUUUCUUUCAAAAAACAUUUCAGCUUUUCAACACUAUUAACAUGAUGAUAUAUUGUAUUUUGACAAACAGAACAAAGAAGCUGAGUCACAAACCUGUUCUAGAUCUUUUUGUGAUUCUAAAUGAAAUGUCUUUCUUUUAACUUAAACCUUCUAAAGUCAUCUAAUGGUUAAACAAAUGUCUUCUAUUUCACUUGGAGGACAUGUUCCUUCAUGUUUAAUUUUUUUGAAGAGUGGCUAAGAAAAUUGGGGACCAAGUAAAGAAAGUAGCACUUAUCAAAAUGAUUCAAUUGCAAUUAUUUUAUAGCAAUUGUUAGUAAUUGUUGCAGCAGUUAUUUUGUUUAACUAGUGGGUGUAUUUACUCUCUGGAUAAACAUAAUCCAAUUAAAGUUUGGAUUUUUCUCAAAUGUUCAGCGUGGAAAUUAUGCUUCUGCAAUUGAAGAUGAAUUUAUUUGAAGGAUUUUUACACAACUUUACCAGCGGAAGGUCUAGAGAAAAAGAUUAACUUAUUAUAAGAGAACCAUCCCUGUUCCUGUAGUGAAGCUAGACUUUUUCAGUUUGUUAAAUAAUGAAAAACAACUGCAAUUCUUAUUAAUAAGCAUUGUAUGUUUGGUUGGAAGAACCAGAUUAAUGGUACAAUACUUUAAAUUUUCACUCAAAGUCAAACAUUUCCAUUCCCAACUAGAAAAAUAGUCUGGAGGUCAAAUGAAGUCAAUAUUUGGGAAAGAGGAAAGUUUCUCCCUAAUUCCCAUUUCAAAGUCCAACACUGGGAGUCUGUCUUCAAAACGCAGGAAUAGCUGUAGCAGAAAACUGUUUAUUUCCACAUCUAGCAGUGUGUAUCUCAUGAAAUCGUUCAUACAUUUAAUACUACACAACCUCUGUUAGUCAGUGUGUUUCUUAAGUGUUUUAGUACAUACAAAGUGAAGAAAAAAUAAAUAGCUUGUGUUGCUGAUAGUGAUGAGCUUGUCGGUGAUAAUAGCAGUUACCAUAUUUGCCACCAGAACAUGUUAAAGUCGGGUUAGAAUAAGUAAGUAGGUACUAGUACUUUCUGGCAGUGCAGUUCAGUCUGUUUCAGGUUUUGACUGAUAUUUUUGCCUGUUUCUGCUUAUUAGCUCUGCUAAAAGUUUCCACAUUAGCAGCUUAUAUUUUGUGUCAUGCAAAGCCCCAAAGCCGUCGACCACUGAUGGAGAUCAACUAUGUCCUCAGAAUGAAUUUCUGUAAAGGCAACUUUCACUUAUACUGCAGGUUUACCUUUACCUGUGGUCUCAGUGUUUUAUUGGCAUUAAGUUGUCUCAGAUUAUGGUUUUUGUACCUUGGGGCCUGUUAAAAACACAGUGAUUUAUUUGGUGUUGUCACAUCAAAUAAACUUGCAAAUGGUCCACCUUUAACAAUCCUUAAAUCGAUUUAUCAAUAAAAACUAGAUCAAGCUAUAAAAGGGAAAUUUAAGUUGCAAUAAAUGCAUAGUAGGAUGUUGUUCAGAAGUGCUGUCCAAAUUUUGAGUCCUUUCAGUAAGGCUUAUAUUUACUGUACAAAUUUAUUAUGUAUUAAUUUCAGCUCCAAAAUUUUACGUAUCAAACCAGGCAAUCAGAUAUGAGUGAAAAUCAGUAUUUGUCACAUAAAACCAGAUUAUGUUAGAAGAUGUCACAUAGUGCAAACCUUCCCCUACAAACUCACGUUUAACUAACUCUUUAAAUCUCAGAAUAACAACAACAAAAAAAGAUUUAUAUGGAAAAGUUCUAAAUGUUUAUAUUUGUCAUAUUCAUUUCCCUCCAGUCAAUGUAACACUAAGCGAUCACAUCAACGAAGAUGAGUUUACUGAAUGUGCUUUUCCUUCUUCUAGGGCUCUGACUUGCAUGUAUCAGUGCACAGCAGGUGUCUUAAAAAUGUUUGUCCACGUCCAUCAUUUGUGUCCUCUGUCUGCUUGCAGUAUGCUUGACGAUAUUUGCACAGUUUGUCCUGCCUGUGUAGGCCAUGGAAAGUGAAGCGGAUGAGGGGGAAGAUGGUAGAUGCCGCCCUUUGUGAACAUGUGAGCUCUGCGGGUGCAUGCUCAUGACUUACUGUUCUGUUUACAUCUUAAAUGUUGUAUCUUCCCUGAGCUCUGUGUGCAAGCUUCAGCAGGAAAUGGGAAUGUGUAGCUGUGUUGUGGUAGCAUCCAGCACAAACAUACCAUCGGCUGUAACUAGAUGUAAAUACUGCAGUGACCAUGGCCCUGUUGUACUAGUGCUGUUUGCGUUGGGUUUAUUUAGCACAGACUAGCUCUCUGUCUCAGUUUUCUGUACAUAUGAGUCUUGAUGAUUUAUUCAUCCAAAGUAUAUUGAUUAGAAAAGCUGUGUCUUUUUUUUUAUUUGCUUUGUAACGAUCAAAACAGCUCUUUUCAUUAGUGUGUGUAAAUAUAAUGCCAAGUUGUUAUUUUCAAGCUGCAUGAACUCUUGAAUCUCUGUGAAAGUUCACAGGCUGACGAGCUUUCUGCUUUUCUUCCAGCCUCUGUUGUAAACUUUAGAUUUUUGUUUGAAAUGAAGAAAUUUGAUUGGAAUAAAGGAAUGUUGUUUCUGUUUGUAGAUUUAUGGAUCAAAACAGACUUGCAGCAGUAGAUUUAUUAAAGAUGACAUGUUAACUUUA